GCAAGCGAAGAAAUGCAAAUGUCUCUCCUUGUGUUCCGGUGUUAUGCGCGGAGAAAGACAUUAGAGAGGAACAAAGUCAAGUUCUUUGUUUCUUGGACUUUCUGCGUUCUACAGUCCCCACAAUUCCGGCAACCCUCCUCACUAAGUCUGUGCAACUUUCUCUCCGGUCCCCGUUCUGCGCUUCCCGUCGAGGUGUGAAGCGGUCUGAGAACCAGUCUCUUUGCGUUCUUCUUUCUUCCGCGGUUCGUUCUUUCGUUUCUGCUCCUGACUUCUCUGUACCUCUUCCUUCUGAGUACUUGUCACCACCUUUCUCUGCGCAAGAACGUCUCUUUUUCUCCCACCCCCUUUUCUCCAGAGGUUCCAAACAAUAUUUGCCUUCCUUUCGCCCUUGUCUUGUCGUUCGUUUCUUCCCUUCUUUCUUGGCUUUUCGCCUGCUUUUUUCAUUUUCUGUGUUGAUUUUUCUCGCGCUUUUCGCUGUCUCGUACUUUCUCGACUAUUUCGGCGCUCCACCGAGGUAGAAGUUCGCCCUCAGUUCUCCCCUGCCCGGCGUCGACUCCAUCGAGGAAAGGUCCAACAACCUUGCAGAAAGGGGGACUGCGUUUUCCCUGAACGGCUACGAAGCUUUCUGUCCAGGCUCCAAUUCGUCUGACCGCCUUUCCCACAGAAAAAUGGCGACGGUGACUCCAGUUAAUCCUAAACCGUUCCUGACGUCUUUGACAGGGCGGCAAGUCAUGGUCAAGCUGAAGUGGGGAAUCGAGUACAAAGGCUACCUCAAGUCCUUCGACGAGUACAUGAACUUGCAGCUGCAAAACACCGAAGAGUGGGUCGACGGCAGCUUCAAGGGUCACUUGGGAGAAGUCCUUCUCCGAUGCAACAAUGUUCUCUACCUCCGCCAAGUGAAGGGAGAAGAUGAAGAAGACGAAGAAGCCUGACAGCAGGACGGAACGGGACAUGCAGGGAGGCGGCGCACCGCGAAAAACGGCCUUCUCUUUCUCCCCCCGUUUCUGCAGCGUCUGCCUGUGUGGCAGUCUGAGGACCACAACGGGAUAGGCGCGCCUGUUUCAGGAGGCGGAAGAGCGGGGAUGGACUGAAGACUGAAGCUUUGAGUUUUCUGGCUGGAGGCGCGCAUCAGGCCCGCAGCCUCAAAUUGCAGCGUUGUGCGGACGAAAGCGAUUGAUCAGUCUCGGCUGUCGGAGGGGCAUUUUUAGUUUGGGGACAAAGAGAGCCUUCUCGGCAUGUCUUGACGAAGUAUGGUGGGCAGACGAGCGAAAUGUGUGGUGUUUUGACGUAGAAAGUUGCAUGGACAGUUCGAGGGUCUCAAAGUGGAGAGAAACGAGAAAAAGCUACAUUUUUAAAGGAGCACAGCCUCUUGCUGACAGACACGUCUGUGUCGAUCUCCUCGCUGGAGUCUUGCCCUUCCUCCGCGAGAAACGUUUCCAGCGUCUUUCGCUACCUUGGGUUCCAGAUUCGCUUCUCCAGCUGCGUUAUAAACGGUAACAAAUACAUCACGCUUUCAGAUAGGCUGGGACAGAAUACUAAAACUCUAAUUCAUUAACUGAAUCAUAUAUUUCCCGGUGUC